CAGACGACGACAGACGUUCACGUUUUACGUUUUUUGAAUUUAUUUUUAAUUCAACAAGAAAUAAAAAGAAGGAAAGAAAUUUGUUUAAAGUAACUUAGGAUACGGUUUUUAUAGAUAUAUGAAAUGCCUGACGAAAAAGUACUAUUGCAAUGCUAUAAUCGUGGCUGUGGCGAAAAAUACGACCCGGAAAAGAAUAAAGAAGAUUCCUGCAGGCACCACCCUGGCUUACCAGUUUUUCAUGAUGCUUACAAAGGAUGGGGAUGUUGCAAUAAAAAAUGUACUGAUUUUACAGAAUUCCUUAAUAUUCAAGGAUGCACACUAUCCAAACACUCUAAUAUAAAACCAGCUGAACCUGAAAAACAAGUACUUAAAGAAGAUUUAUUGGAGGAAGUUGUUGAAAUUAAACCAAUUAUAGCUACUACACUUGUACGGCCGCCAUUUGAUACUCCUUUAAUAACAGUAAAACCCAAUAUUGCAUCUUCCCUUCAACAACAAAUGAACUCUACACAACCAAAACAGGAAAUACAAAUUGCUGAUGAUGAUGGAGAAAUAGCUAUAGGGACAACCUGCAAAAAUGGAGGUUGUGGAAUAAACUAUCAAGGCAUUGAAACGAAUUCUACCAUUUGCACAUACCAUCCAGGGUGUCCCAUAUUCCAUGAAGGCUUGAAGUACUGGUCAUGCUGUCAGAAAAAGACAACAGAUUUCAAUUCGUUUUUGAGUCAAGUUGGAUGCGAGACUGGGGCUCAUGUGUGGAAAAAAGACGUAGAUGAGAAAACUGUCCAUUGUAGAUGGGACUUUCACCAAACUGGAUCGCAUGUGGUAGUUUCAAUAUAUGCAAAAAAUUACUGUCCCAAGGAAAGUGUAGUAAGAUUAAGUCCCGUUAGGCUGCAAGCCAAAUUAAUCUUUCCUCAACAUUCAAAUUCGUUUCUUCUUGAUGUUGAAUUAAAAGGAGUUGUAGAUGUUGAUGCGUCGCAAAUAACUAUGUACGGGACAAAAGUGGAAAUUAAAAUGAAAAAGGCUGAACCUGGAAGCUGGUCCAAACUGGGUACGCCGGUUGAAACACAAAGGCCACAGAAAACACCAAUGGACCAAAUCACACCUGCUGUUGAAGCUGUUAAUCUAGACGAUUUAUAAAACCAAUGUUUUUUUGCAUUGGAACCAACCAGUAAAUAACUUUUCAUCUCAUGUUGUGUGGAUUUCUUUUAUACAUUGAUUGAUUUUUUAAUGGAGUGUUAAAAUUUUUAUACAAGUCUUUUUUUAUUUAUUUUUUAUGCAGAUUAUAAAUCGACGAAUGAUCUUUUUUAUA